ACCACCCGCCCCACUACAACUCUCGUUCGAGAAAGAAUUUCUCUUGGCAUUUGGCUCGGUCAUCACUGGUAACGCGCCCACUCACUCGCAUCACACUCCCCUCCACCUCCAUAACUGCCUGCCCCCCGCCCCGCGCGCGGACAUGGGCGAUCCCCGGGCGCGCACGUCCGCCGUGGCCGCCGGCGAGCUGCGGCCGCCGGAGCCGCCGCUGGACCCGCUCGAGUUCCUCUCCCGCUCCUGGAGCGCCUCGGCGGGGCGCGCGUUCGCGCCCCACCCGCCGCCGACGCCGCCGCCGGCGGCCAGCCCCAUCGCCGAGGACGCCGCGUGCGAGCUCGACGACGGCGCCGUCGUCUGCGGGGUCUCCGCCGCCGCCGCGUCCGGGGGCAGCUCCUUCUCCUUCGCGUCCGCCGCCACGUCGCAGCUCAUCAUGGAACGGAUCCUCGCGCAAUCCCAGGAAGUGGCGCCGCUCACCUCCGGCCGGCUCUCGCACAGCAGCGGCCCCCUCACUGGCGGUGGCUCCCUCUCCGACAGCCCGCCGGUCUCGCCGGAGAUCGAUGACGCAAAGUACUGCAGAGCGGUCAGCACGCCGAAGCCGCAGGCAUACCGGGCCGGCAACAAGACGGUCGGCCGGUGGCUCAAGGACCGGAAGGAGAAGAAGAAAGAGGAGACGCGGGCGCACAAUGCGCAGGUCCACGCAGCAGUGUCUGUUGCGGCCGUUGCAGCUGCGGUCGCGGCCGUGGCCGCGGCCACUGCUGCCGCUUCAGGGUCCGGCAAGGACGACCGUGCUGCCCGGACAGAUAUGGCCGUGGCGUCGGCUGCGACCCUCGUGGCCGCGCAGUGUGUCGAGGUGGCCGAGUCCAUGGGCGCCGAGCGGGAGCACCUCGAGGCCGUCGUUGGGUCGGCUGUGAACGUCAGGACUCCCGGAGACAUCGUCACUGUCACGGCUGCUGCCGCUACUGCGUUGAGAGGCGCGGCGACAUUGAAGGCGAGGGCUCUGAAGGAGGUGUGGAACAUCGCGGCGGUGAUCCCGGUGGAGAAGGGCGGUGGCGUUGGCGGCGGCGGAGGUGGGCACCACCAGAAGCACGGCGCGCCCAAGCAGCAGCAGCACCAUCACCGGAAGCUGGAGAGCAACGGCAGCAGCAUCAGCGACGUGUCCCUGGAGGAAGAGAACAACUUCCUCGGCAUCUGCAGCCAGGAGCUGCUUGCUCGCGGCACCGAGCUCCUCAAACGCACCCGGAAAGGCGCUCUGCACUGGAAGGUCGUAUCGGUGUACAUCAACCGGAUGGGCCUGGUGAUGGUGAAGAUGAAGAGCCGGCAUGUGGCAGGGACGAUCACGAAGAAGAAGAAAAGUGUGGUGAUCGACGUGUGCAGGGACGUGGCGGCGUGGCCCGGGCGGCACCUGCUGGAGGACGGCGAGCACCGGCGGUACUUCGGCCUGCGGACCGCCGAGCACCGGGUGAUCGAGUUCGAGUGCACCAGCCAGCGGGAGUACGAGAUGUGGACCAAGGGCGUGGCGCGGCUGCUGAGCAUCGCCGCCGAGCGGAAGCGCCUGGCGUGACCUUGACCUGCGUGCCCGUCACCGUCGUCGGCGACCUGCCGACGCCGCCCUGCGCGGCGGGGGGCCAGCCAGGGUCAGUGAGUGCCAUCAUCCACCGUCCGUUGAGGCAACAGAGCGGCAUGGGCAUGGAGGAGGGUGCUGGCAGCCCUCUUUGUGUGUGUGUGUGUCCCACAGGAAUUAUGUUUAGCUAUAGGGGUAGGGUGGGGAGGAUCCUGGUGCUGCUAUGCUAGGGCACGAGUUGGUUUUUGUGCGGGGAUGCGACGCCGGUGCAGGGGGCGCCAUGGAUGCCUUGUGGUAGAGUAGAGGAGAUUGUUUCUCUAUCCCUUUCUCUCUUGUAAGUUUUGCUUCUACUUUUUUUCCUUCUCUCUCGCGGUUGGGGUGUGGCCAUACUGGAACUGUAGCUGGUGAAAGAUAAAUGCUUUGUUCUGGUAGCAAUAGUAGUAGUAACUAUGUAGUUACCGUAGUAAUUACCUACCUACUCUAGUAAAUUAAGCAUUUGUUCAUUCCAUCC